AACCCCGAAAAAUUCAAAGGUGGGCAGGCUGUCAACGAGGAUCCUUUUGCGGCUGCUAUAAACUCCAUGUUCUCUAAAGUGAAAUCAAAUAACACAUUGCUGGGGAGAAAGAUGUCUCUCCUGAUGGCGUACAAACCCCAGUGAUGCUCACCGUUGAUUAUGCUGGCCAGGACUGACCAAAGAAGCGGUCUAAAAAUAAUCUUACUCCCCAACUGUAGAAUUAAAAAAUAGCAAAACCAUCAGUUUCUCAGCAAGACUGCAUUAAUAAUGGGUAUAGGAAGUAAAAUGGAAAUGCCUCCCACACUCCACGUUUUUGCCAAAGCUAGCUCUUGGCACAAGGCAAAAAAGGUUACCACUGCUAGUUGUAUGCCUUUAUCAACAAUCUAUGCGGCUGGUGUUAAGAGGGAGGGGAGCUGCAGCCACACAUCUGGUAACGUGAGGGUGGAUUAGUUAAGGCUGUCUUGUACCUUGUAUGAAGGCUGGAUUAACGAUCAAAAGCAAGACAAAUGCAGAAGUAGAUCUUUUUCAGUGUGACCUUUUGUUAAUUACAUCCUUUUCUACCGUAAUUCACAAAAGCCCUUUGAAAUAAUUUGGCCCUUGAGGUGCCAACUCUGUGUUGUGUUUAUUUCUGCUACACACGCAGAAAUAGACCUCUUUGAAAACUGAAUUUAGCUUAGACAACAAGCAAAACGUCGGACCUGGCGUUGUACACUUCGCUGCAGCAAGAAGGCAGUUUAAACGGUACUGCAGAAACGUCUUGAUCCUGUUAAGACAUUGCUUUGGUGGUUUUGUAUUUAUACACAAGCCUGUAUUUGCAGAUUCUUUAAAAGAAUUCACACCACUACUCAAAUCCUGGGUGGUAAAAAUACCAGGAGACAGUUGAUUUUUGAAAAGUCACUAUCUGGGGGAGAGAAGGAUUAAGUACUCAGCUUUUUCAGUCUGCUGUCCUUUCUGGUUUAGCUGGAGAGGUAUACUUAAAGCCCAUUAAGUGAUGCAUAGAUUAAGUAGAGUGCUGUACAAAGAUACUAAUAAAGGCACAGCCCUGGUAGAUUUCGGAAACGGAAGCAAGGCUGUGUUGUUAAAUACAGUAUUCAGCUUUAUAACAUUCCUUAUGGUGAUGGAUUAGACUCAACAGUCUUGUUCCGGAAAGGAGCUGGACCAGAUGCUUUGGAAAUGGCAUGGCCGUUAAUGGCUUGGGCUUUGUUAAAUUGUCCCUCGUACUUGCAAUGCUUAAACGUUGAGGUUCCAUUUGGUUAGAAUCUCUAAACUAGGCACGAAAUAGGAGAAGGGCUAUGGAUGAUCCGUAGGAAAGCACCAGUUUUGUACAUAGGAGGGCUAGAAGAAUCGCACCAAAUGCAAAUCACAUCCUGCCAGUGGUCCUGAAUCUGGUGUACUUCCUGGAUGGAGGAUCCUGUGUAGGUGUUCAGCUCCCUGAGGUGUUUGCUGCCCUUUCUUGCUCUGUCACACUGCUCCUGAUUAGGCCAUGUGUUGUGCACAGCAGUCUUUUUGUAUGGCUAGUUGUGGAAGAAGGGACAAGCUCUGAUGGCUGCAACCUUUACGGGGAUUGAAGGAGAGGUUUCCCAAUAGGUAGCUGCUCACAAGGAGAGCCCUACAUGCCUUUGCGGAGGCAGACAAAAAUGUCCAUAUGGUCUAGAAGUAGGGAAGCUGUCCAGAUGUUGGACGCCACCUUGGUCCUCAACCUAGUCUAACUAUUGGGGAUGGUGGACGCUGUAGUCCUCUAACAACACUGGACACCCGCAGAACGACAGGCGCUUCCUCCUCCUGCUGACUUGGUCCAUCCACCAGGGAGGGGUCUGUCUGUCCAUCCAUCUGCCCCCCCGUGGAAAACCCACAAGUGAGAUUUGGGAACGAGGAGCAGCCCAAGAAAUUGUGCUGCCUGGAGUCAUACAUUGGAUGGGCCUGAGGUAUGACGUUCUGAGGCUCCCACAGUGGCAAUGACUGAAUAGGUUUGCACGGGGCCUUCGGUCAAAUUCUCCUGCCCAAAAAAGCGUGCACAGCUUUCACACGAUGCACUGGGUGAGAUUUUGCGUUAAUUUGUGGGAAGACAGGAUCAAUGCCACUCCUAAGAUGGCGCCCGGAGAACUGGUGCAGCUAUGACGAGGAAGCUACAGUUGAGGAGAAAACAGAAAAUAGUAUUGGCUCCUAAGAGCCACUGGAAAGGGCUUUUGACAUUUUGGACCAGAAAGACGGGGAAACAACGGGCGGGGAAGGGAGAAAAGACAACUCCCUCCCCCCCUCAGGGCGCCGGUCAUGCCACCCUCAAGAUGGCGGAAGGCGUGCGCGCUUGGAAAGUCUGAGCGUGGGGCUCGAGAGGGGAGUCACUCCCAAGAUGGCGGCGCUCCCACCUGCCUCUCCCAAAAUGGCGGCUGAAGGGACGCGAGGCUGGGGAAGCGGAAAGGAGUCGAAAGACUGGCGAGGUCUGGGAGCGAAGUGGGCGGAAGUGAUGUCAACAACGCGCCGGAAGUAGCGCGCUUGGUCCUGAACCGGCUGGAAGACAGCCGUGGGAGAGGAGCGGAAAGCGUCUCGCUGCGGACCAUGGCCUCCCCCGGCGAGGAAGUGACAAGUGAGGCAGGCGGAGAGGAAAGCAACAGCAUGAACUUAAUGGAAUUUUCGGAUGAGAUCCUUUUACACAUCCUGAGAUACACCCCCAUCUCGGAUCUCGUCCUCAACAUCCGGAAGGUUUGCCGGAAGCUUUCUGUCCUGAGUCACGACAAAAGCCUCACCCAUGCUGUGAUCCUGCACAAGGACUAUCAGGUGGACAAAGAUAAAGUGAAGCCACUCCUGAGAGAGAUCGGCAAAGAGAUUCACGAGCUGAACAUGGCCGGCUGCUACUGGCUGCCUGGGGCUACCAUCGACCAGGUGACCCGCUGCAAGAACCUGGUGAAACUGAACGUCUCUGGCUGCCACCUCACCUCCCUCCGCCUCUCCAAGAUGCUCUCCGCGUUGCAGCAUCUCCGCUCCCUGGCCAUUGAUGUCAACCCGGGGUUCGACGCCUCCCACUUGAGCAGCGAGUGCAAGGCCACCCUGAGCCGGGUGCUGGAGCUCAAGCAGACCCUUUACACCCCCUCCUACGGAGUGGUGCCCUGUUGCACCAGCCUCGAAAAACUCCUCCUGUACUUUGAGAUCCUGGACCGGUCCCGGGAGGGUUUGAUCAUCUCUGGUCAGCUGAUGGUGGGUGAGAGUAACGUCCCCCACUACCAGAACCUCCGGGUUUUCUACGCCAGGCUCGCUCCCGGCCCGGUCAAUCAGGAGGUAGUAAGAUUGUACUUGGCCGUGCUGAGCGAUCGGACCCCGGAGAAACUCCACGCCUUCCUCAUUUCCGCCCCCGGCGGCUUUGCCCAGAGCUGCGCCGUGAAAAACCUCUUGGACUCCAUGGCCCGGAACGUGACCUUAGAUGCCUUACAGCUUCCUCGGUCCUGGAUGAACGGCUCCAGCCUCCUCCAGCUCUUGAGGUUCAGCAACCCCUUCUACUUCAGCUUCAGCCGCUGCAGCUUGUCGGGCAGCCAGUUGGUCCAGAGGGUCUUGAACGGCGGCAAAGACCUCCGCAGCCUGGUCAGCCUGAACCUAAGCGGCUGCGUCCACUGCCUCUCCCCGGAUGCCCUGCUGCGGAAGGCGGAGGACGAUAUCGACCACGGCAUCGUGGAAACCCUCGUGACCUCCUGCUGCAACCUGAGGCAUCUGAACCUCUCGGGUGCCCACCACCACAGUUCGGAGGGGUUGGGCAAACAUUUGUGCCAGCUUCUUGCCCGCCUGAAGGGCCUCCUGUCCCUAGCCUUGCCGGUUUGUGCGGUGGCUGACCUCUCUGCCUUAACAGUCGACAAGCCCUCCGUGCAGCCCGUGGUGAGCACCGCCUCCCAAGGUUUUGGGAAGAAAGUCCGGAUCGGGGUGCAAAGCUGCUCCAGGAAUCUCCUCGAGCCGGGGAAUUCUAAACCCCACAGCUCUGUGUUUUGGACUCUCCUGGAAAGCCUCCCGUUUCUGGAGAGUUUGGAGCUGAUCGGGUCCAGUUUCUCUUCGGCCAUGCCCAGGAAUGAACCGGCCAUUCGGAACUCCCUGCCCCCUUGCGGGCGGGCCCAGCACGUGGGAGACCUGGAGGUGGCCGCCGUCAGCCAGCUGGCCUUCCUGCAGAGCCUCACCUUGGCCCAGUUGCCCAGUAUCCUCAGCGGCUCCGGGCUGGUUAGCAUCGGAGCCCAGUGCCAACGCCUGCGGACUCUCUCGCUGGCCAAUUUGGGGGCGACGGGCAAUGUCACGUACAUGUCAGCCUUGAUGGACAUGCUGAAGCACUGCAGAUGUUUGCGGGAUCUCAGACUAGAGCAACCGUACUUCAAUGCCAACGCUCAGUUCUUCCAAGCCUUGAGCUACUGCUCCUCCCUGCAGCGCCUUUGCAUCAUCUCCCGGAGCGGGACCCUGCAGCCAGAGGCUGUGAUGUCAUUCAUGGCCGCGUGUCUUGAGGUCAUUAUGUGUCACAUGUUUACGGGGGAAUCUCUCACCGUUUGUAGAAACCUCCAGCAGUCGCUGAUACGAAGCUUUCAGGUGGACCGGCCUGCCUUGAGCGUCGUGGUGUUUCCCCUCCUGCACGAGGACUUGACCGAGGUCAUCCGGGAUGUCCCCAUGAUGCACCUGGAUGAAAUAACCUUGUUCAAAAGCCGGGUGGCCGAGGAGCCGCCCAGCCUUUGGUAGUGAUGCCAGCUGGCAAAGCCAGAUCGGGACAUGUGCCGCGGGUGCAAGCCAGAUGCCCCUCCUUGCCCGGGAGGGCACCCCUGCACCUUCACUCUGGCCGCCACCCCUGUUUGAACCCUGUGCCGUUUCUGACGCAUCCUCAGGACGACGUUUGCUGGGACGACAGAUUCCCUUUCGGACCGAACUACGCCCUUGGGGAAAUCCUGAUAUUUAUUCCUUUUAAUUCUUAGACCAUCCUGGUCCCCAUGAAACACAAGGUGGGUUGGCGUUUUGGAAAGAUUUGAGACUUCUGUUCUGGGUUAUUUCCUUGUUAUUUAAUAUAUGAAUUCUUGUUUAACUUGAACAAGUAGUUAAAGGUAAGAGGAAUUUAACUUGAAAGAAUGUAACACCUCCCCCCCUUUUUCCCUUCUCCACCACUUAUUUGUGGCCUUUUUCUUUCCUUUUAUUUUUAUUUUUUGGUGCUUCCGUGAUUUAGUUUUUGCUCGAGUGUCUUAAGAAGCUUGAUAAGUAACUCCAGAAGGAGGCUGUAUCAAAUCCUUUAUUUAUUUGGGGGAUUCAGAGGUGCUUUGUUUGACACGGCUGGCUCUCCCACCUGGCCGUGAUUCCUCGUGGCAAAGCUUGUAGAGCUUGGAAACGGGGUGCAAGGUGCACACCUGCUUUUUAAAAAUCUUGCAGCUACCCUAAGGCUCAGCUGAGCCUUUGGGAGGCGCUUCUACUGGAAGAGACCCUUUGGACAAGUUCAGUCACUUCCAAGGCCACAGUGGAAGUUCUCAUACAGCUUUAAGGUUCUCCUGAUUAAAAGGGACUUCAAGACUAAAUUCUUGGGGGGGAAACAGUGCAGAGGUUAGCCAAACCGAAGCAGCGAUGAGAUUUCCGGCUCUUAGAAGAAUUGUCUUUCCACUUUGCUCAGCUUUUGCUCUUGAGCCCGAGUGCCCUGCAUCUCACGUCUGUCGCCUUCUACAAAAGCGGUCCAGAAAUGAGCUGGCAGCUCCUGUGCCCAACAGCAGCACACCUGGCCUUUCUCCAGAGGCUUUGCUCAGGACCGUGAUUUUGGACAUGACUUGGCAUGUCUCAUUCUGCCCUGCCCCCCCCCCCGGGACGAGUUCCUGACAACCUUGAGAUGUUCAGGACCUGAGAAGAAAAUCGCUACUACGCUGCCAUGAUGGGGGUGUGUGUGCAGCCCCUCCUGUUUACAAACCCUAAAUGCAUUCUCUUUGCUUUUUUUUUUUUUUUUUGAAAGCAGGCUGUAUCCUUAACGCGUCUGUUGUGUCUCGGACGGGCGCUUGCUUUUUCCACGCCUUGUCCAAACGCCACCUUUGCCGAACCCCCCUUUCGAAGAAGAUUUUAAUCGUCUGCCCUGUGGAUAAGCCACGGCUGAUCCCCUGUGUCCCUCUUGGAACACCCCCUUACGUGCUUGCCACUCUCAUCCAUGCGAGCUCUUAGCUGCAGAUCCUUGUGCUUUCUGCAUCCCUUGGGAAGCCCCUGCGUUCCACCCGUGGGGCCACCACCGCAGGCUGGCAAUGCACGCCCCUUCUCCGAGAUGUCCGUUUUAGCCUCGUGGGGAAAUGGGUGCCCUCUAAGUGCAUCUUUUGCAAAGGGAGAGGUGGGGGAAAUCCUCGUCCUUGCCCCACUUCCAUCAGAGCUUGCUUCUGCUACUCUGUAUUUGAAGUCACAAGCCAGCUUCAAUGUCUGUAACCAUGUGUGUGUUCCAAUGUGACUCAAGUUCUCUGUGUAAAUUGGAUUCGCUGUAGAUUUACCCAUCAGGCAGAGAUCUAUAUAAACAUUUCUGUACACAUGUUUCCUAUCUUC